UUGAUUUUCCACGCUCUUACGCUGUGAUGACCAAUGUCUAUGUGACUAUUCGCUUCCUGCAUUUUUCGAUACAGCCUAUCCAGGAUUAUGCUUUGAUUUUAUCAUUUUUCUGCUCCGAAGUCAUUGGAAGCAAACCCCUGUAAAAUAAGUAUUCAAGUCUUUGUGGAUGCAAGCAGUCUUCAAGAAUUGAGGCGGAGGUCAUUGGUGGGUGAAGGAAGGCGCCUAUCGAUAAGCACGUGGAUUUGCGGCGGCCUCAACUUCUCCGAUGCAGAUCAGCUUUGACACUCACUCCGGAGACACCUACCCUGCACCUACUGACCAGCCCCUUCCACCAUGAUCGAAGACGACGUUUAUCGAUCAUCCUCCCAGUUCCGACUGUGGUCCUUCACUGAAGCAUCUUUGAAGUCAUUACGAGCAACUACCAACACCGUCGCGAGCGACCGGGUGCGAGCAGCUCUGCGGCGAGCUCAAGAUGCCCGACGAUCAGCCAACUCCUCCGCAACAGGGACGCCAGCACCCGGGAGCGAUGCAGAGAGCAAGGCAACGGAGGAGAAACCGAUUGACUGCCUGACACCAGAGGAAGAGCAGCAGGUCGUGGACUACUACUCCGAACAGAUCAUACAACUCGGCGAGAACUACAAGCCACCGCUUCCCACCAUAGUGAGAGCCACAGCAAUUCAAUAUCUCCGCCGCUUCUACCUAACCAACUCGCCGAUGACCUACCACCCGAAACAAAUCAUGCCGUGCGCUCUCUUCCUCGCCACCAAAACCGACAAUUACUACCUCUCCCUCCGGCAAUUCACCGAAGGCGUCCCCGGCCAGCCCGCUGCAGAAGACAUCAUCGCGCCCGAGUUCCUCGUCAUGCAAAGCCUCCGCUUCACCUUCGACGUGCGCCACCCCUUCCGCGGCCUCGAAGGCGGAGUCAUGGAGCUCCGCGCCAUAUCCCAAGGCCAAGGCCAACCGGCACCACACCUCCUAGCGCAAACCCCCGAAGACCUACGUCGGGGUCUAUUCUCCCUCUCCCCAUCCUCAGCAUCAGCAGCCGCAAUGAACGACCGCAUCUCCCGCGCCCACCACGCCACUCGCGAGAUCCUCAAAACCGCCGCGCAAAUCACAGACGCCUACUUCCUCUACACGCCAUCCCAGAUCUGGCUCUCCGCAUUACUCCUCGCCGACCGUCCCUUAGCCGAAUUCUACCUCGACACAAAACUAGGCGGUCCCAUCACCACCCAACAAGAAGGAAACCCCCUCUACGCCCUACGAACCAAACUCCUCCUCACCCUCAACAAUUGCGCCACCAUCCUGCAGGCCUACAAACCCCUUGCAUCCGAUGACGUCCGCAUGAAAACCCUCAAACGCAUCAUCGGAAAGAAACUUUACCACUGCCAAAACCCAGAAAAAGCCAACCUGGCCGGCCAGAAACGCAUCCCCGCCGCAGCAGCCGCCGCCGCGGCCGGCGAAUCCGGAACAUCAGAGAGCGAAAUGGAACGUCUCGCCAAGAAGAGGAAACUAGAGCACGGAAACGAACCUAAAGAUCUUUUUGGUGGAGAUUUGGUCAUGCAACGUACCAAGGAGAAGCAAUUGGAUGGUUGAAGACAAUAUUCACAAUUGUAGUAACUUUGUAGGUAUACAGUAGCUUUUUCCUUUUCCUUCUUUUUUAUCUCUACUUUUGAUUUUCAUUUUGAAUGGGGAUGGAAGUGGAUUGCCGAUUUGAGCGUGCAGGUAGGCAGGCGCAUCAGAUGGAAAAGCAUUGAUUGUGUUGUUUUUUUGGGUUUGGCUUGCGCGGAUGUACCUUUUAUAGUUACUGUUCAAUAGAGGUUUAGUCAACGGGUUAGCAUUACGCUAGUAUCAAUCAAGAAAC